GGUGCAGUGACCACAUUCAGCCUGAUGGUGGCGCUGUGCUGCUCCCAAUUUGUGUCCCAACCUGAGAUUAAAACAGAAGACUGCACCAGGAAGGAGCACCCUAUUGUCCCAUAUAGAGUUUUGCGGUUGUGGAUGUCUGAAUUUUCUCAUUCUGGAGCAAAGGAUUUCUCUCAGUUAGCUGUAGAUCUGAACAAGGGUCAGCUUAUUGUAGGAGCAAGAAACUUUCUCUUCCGGCUUCAUUUAACCAACAUUUCACUAAUACAGGCAGCAGAAUGGGCCCCCGAUGAAGACACAAAACUAUCUUGCCAAAGUAAAGGAAAGACAGAGGUAAUGAAUAGAGACAGCCCCCCUCUUGAAAUGUACCUAUUGCACUACUUUUUCUUUCCAGCUAUACCAAAAUACACAGAUAAAACUUCUUUGGUCUUUCAGGACGAAUGCCAAAACUAUGUGCGUGUUUUGUUGACCAGUGGAUCUACACUCUUCACCUGUGGCACCAAUGCCUUCACUCCUGUCUGUAUGACCCGACAGAUUUCAAACAUCAGUGAGGUGUUAGAUUCCAUAAACGGCGUGGCGCGGUGUCCGUACGAUCCUCGCCAUAACUCCACAGCAAUGAUCACUGCGAGAGGAGAGCUGUACGCCGCCACCGUCAUCGACUUCUCUGGACGAGACCCAGUCCUGUACCGCAGUCUGGGAAACAUGCCACCGCUACGCAGCGCUCAGUACAACUCCAAGUGGCUCAAUGAACCAAACUUCGUCUCUGUGUAUGAGAUCGGCCGCUUCGCUUACUUCUUCUUCAGAGAAACAGCUGUGGAGAAUGACUGUGGUAAGAUGGUGUUUUCUCGCGUGGCUCGAGUUUGUAAAAAUGAUGUUGGAGGUCGGUUUCUGUUGGAGGACACGUGGACAACAUUUAUGAAAGCCCGACUCAACUGCUCACGAUCUGGAGAAAUACCUUUUUAUUUCAACGAGCUCCAGAGCACAUUCCACCUGCCUGAACAAGACCUGAUCUACGGAAUCUUUACCACCAACGUAAAUAGCUUGUCUGCGUCGGCCAUCUGCGCCUUCAACCUUAGCUCCAUCACCACUGCCUUCAACGGACCCUUCCGCUUCCAGGAAAACCCCCGCACCGCUUGGCAACCCACCCCCAACCCCAUACCCAACUUUCAGUGUGGUACCUUAGAUGAGGCCGGCCCGGGGCAGAACCUGACAGAGCGCAGCCUUCAGGACGCUCAGAGACUCUUUUUAAUGAAUGACGUCGUUCAGCCGAUCACAGUGAACCCUCUGCUCACCCAGGACACUGUGAGACUGUCUUGCCUCUGUGUGGAUGUGGUGCAGGGCGCAGGGGACCGGCUUUACUACGUCAUGUACAUUGGCACCGAGUAUGGGACCAUCCUCAAGGCUCUGUCCACCACAGACAAGAGGCUUCAGGGCUGUUACCUGGAGGAGCUCAGGCCCCUCCCCCCAGGGCUGAGUGGACCAAUCAAGAGCCUCCGUCUGCUGCAGAGGGACCGCUCGCUGUUUGUGGGACUGAGUGACCGAAUGGUGAAGAUCCCCCUUGAGAGGUGCUCGAGCCACCCAUCAGAGAGGCAGUGUGUUGAGGCACGGGACCCUUACUGUGGAUGGGACCGGCUCAAACGACGCUGCACCACCUAUGAGGAGAGUUCCAACAUGAACCAGUGGAUCCAGAACAUCACAGACUGCCCUGUGAGGAAUCUAACACAGGACGGAGGGUUUGGCCCAUGGGCACAGUGGCAGUCCUGUUCCCAUAGUGACGGGGAGGGGUCCAGUCUAUGCCUAUGUCGGUCCAGGUCAUGUGAUGGCCCCUCAGCUCGAUGUGGAGGAGAAGAGUGCAAAGGGCCCACCAUACAGGUGGCCAACUGCUCCAGAAAUGGCGGCUGGACUCCCUGGUCGUCAUGGGGACAGUGCAGCAGCAGUUGUGGCAUUGGGUUUGAGGUCAGACAGAGGUCGUGUAACAACCCCUCCCCUCGGCACGGUGGACGAGUCUGUGUGGGGCAGGGGAGAGAGGAGAGGUUGUGUAAUGAGCGUAGGCCCUGCCCACUGCCUGUGUCCUGGACGUCCUGGGGUCCUUGGGCCAAGUGCAGCUCAGAGUGUGGAGGAGGGGUUCAUUCUCGAAGCAGGAGCUGUGAGAACGGGAGCAGUUGCCCGGGGUGUGCCACGGAAUACCGUGCCUGUAACCUGGAGGCGUGUCCGGAGGUGCGCAGAAACACUCCAUGGACUCCCUGGAUCCCUGUGAAUGUGAGUCAGGAUGGGUCUCGUCUGGAACAGAGGAGCAGGUAUACAUGCCGUGCUCUGCUGCCCAAACCACAGCUCCUGCAGUCAGGCAAAAAGAAGACAGAGACACGCUACUGCCCCAAUGAUGGAUCAGGAGCAUGCCAGACCGACGCUCUGGUGGAGGAUCUGGUUAAGUCCAGCGGUCGGUCCCCUGUUGUUCCUCAGGGCGCUCGCUGGGGAUUGUGGGAAACGUGGUCCAUGUGCUCUCGCUCCUGCUCCAGAGGCUUCAGGACUCGUAAACGUCUGUGCUCCACUCCUCAGGGCCGGACCACCCCCUCCGCCUGUGUUGGCUCCCCGGUGGAGUACCAGGACUGUGCAAUGCAGCCAUGUCCAGUGAAUGGUGGGUGGUCUUGCUGGUCGGCCUGGUCCCCUUGCUCCUCUUCCUGUGGAGGGGGGCACUUCCAGAGGACCAGGACCUGUUCUGACCCAGCUCCUGCCCAGGGAGGAGACAUCUGCAUCGGACUGCACACGGAAGAGGCCCUCUGCAACACCCACAGCUGUGAAGGUUGGCCUGAGUGGACAGAUUGGGGCGACUGUGAUGAGAAUGGGCUCCAGUUCAGGACCAGGAGCUGUGGAGACUCUGGACUCUGUUUGAACAAUGUGUCUCAGUCCAGGACCUGCAAACCUCACGAGGUCCCAGUCAUCCUACCUGGACAAGAGGACCAAAACUGUGAAACCUACACCUUGUUCCAGUUGAUCGCAGUGGGGCUAGCUAGCUUCUUCGUAGCAGCUUUGCUCUCUGCGAUGGGCUACUCGUACUGCCACCAUUUGAACAGGACAUCCUCAGAAUCUGCAGUGAUCCACCCCAGCACUCCCAAUCACUUAAACUACAACAAACCUGGCAAUGCAGCGCCGAAGAACGAGAAGUACAUUCCUAUGGAGUUUAAGACGUUAAACAAAAACAACCUCCAUGUGAACGAAGAGAUGUGUAACCAUUUCUCCACAGCUCUGGGUCCUUCAAACAUGUUCACCACCACGUACUACCCCCCAGGUCUGAGCAAGUACGACUACCACCACCAGGAGGCAGCGUGUCGGACGUUCAACAUGCACAGCUGAG